CGGAUUCGAAUAAAUUAAUAUCUAAUCUUGGACGUAUCAAGAAUAAUAAAGAUGUGAUUUUAAAAGAAAAUGUUUGCAAAAGAAGUGGUUAUAUACGAAUUGAUUUAAGCAUUAAUAGUAUUCAUAUAUCAACUGGCAUCUAUAUCCUAGUUGCACAAGAGAAUGCAGAAUGUAAAAUAUUCCCGAAUAUUGGUCAUGGUAGCUCUAGUUGGCGUUGGAUAUAUUACGAAGAUUAUAUUGAACCAGACCUCAAUAAAGAAUGGGAAGAAAUAGAAGUUAAUUCACAAAAAUUUAGAGUUUCAUCCUUAGGCAGAGUUCAGUUACUGAAUGCAUUCUGCCCUAAAGAAGAGGGCAAAAAGUUUGUGAACCACAUUGAUAGCGAUUCCACCAACAACAAAGUGUCUAAUCUCGAAUGGUGUAUACCAAGAGACAAUAUACAACAUGCGGUGCGUCUCAGACCUCAGAAUAGUUGGAUGCGUCAAUGUGCUGUCAAACAGAUUUUUGAUAAUGAAUCUUUCCAAGAAUUUUCAUCUUUAACUGAAACACAACGUAUAACUGGAAUCGCUCAAUCAAGUAUCAGGAAA